AUGUCCGCGGCGUGCGCGGCGCGCACCGGUCCCGCGCGCGCGGCCGGCGUCGUCGCCGCCGCCGCCGCCUCCGCCGCGGCGCGUCGUCGCGGCGACGCGCGCGGACGCGCGCGUCGGCAUCCCUCGCGCGGACGCGUCGAAAACCUCGCGCGACGCCGCCGCGGCGACGCGCGCGCGACCGCGACCGCGAGCCCGUUCGCGGACGACGCCGCGGAGGACGCCGCGAGCGACGACGACGAGGACGCGUCCCCGCCCUCGAGCGCGCUCGCGCGCGCGCGUCGCGCGCUCCUUUGGCGCGCGUCCUCCUCUUCCGACGACGCGUCGCGCGUCGUCGCGGACGUCUACACGGAAGCGCUGCUCGAGGCGCGCCGCGACGACGACGACGUCGCCGCCGCGGAGGCGUCGAUCCUCGGCCUGUCCGAUGGGACCAUCUCCGCCGCGCUGGACCACCUCGCGUUCGACCGCCUCCAGGCGGUUAUGGAGCGGACGGAGGUGGCGAGAAGAGAGGAGGUGUUCGCGACGAUGCGUCAGGUGGUGGUCGUGAGCGCCGGGUACGACACGCGGGGGUUCCGCAUCCCGUGGCCGCGCGGGACCGCGGUGUUCGAGGUGUGCGAGCGCGAGGUGCACGACGACGCGACGCGCGUGUUGAGGAACGUCGGCGCGAAGCCGCCGAGGGGAUGCUCCGUGCGGCGGGUCCCGUGCGACGGCGCGACGACGACGAUGACGACGACGACGACGACGACGACGACGUCGACGACGUACGAGUACGGCGACAUGGAGGACGCGCUUCUGAAAGCCGGGUACGCCCCGGACGUUCCGUCGGUGUGGGUGCUGCAGGACAUCGCGCGCGUGGGGGACGCGCGGUGGAGGGAGCUGAUCGAGGAGGUGGCGGAUCUCAUGAACGCGGACAGCGAAGUCGUGGGGCACGUGCCGUCGCCGUCGCGCGCCGGCGCGGGGGGGGAAAGCGGGAGCGACGGCGACGGCGACGGCGACGGCGCGUUCGGGUCCGGGGUCGUGAGGGACAUGGCCGUCGUGGGCGUCCUCGCGCGCGCGUUUCCGUCCUCCGCGUUGACGCCCGAUGGAGGGGCGGGGAAAGCGGGCGAGGCCGCCGACGCGGUCGACGACCACGACGACGCGCAGCUCGGGGUGUUCCACGGCGUGAAACAGCGCCCGUCGAGGUCGGAGGCGGAGUACUACCGCGAACAGAUUUACAUCGCGGAGCACGAGCUCGGGGACGACGAAGGGUUCGAGGACUGAACGCGAGCGCUCCUACCUAUGAAUCACCUAGUCUAGCGAGCGAGGCUCCUACCUAUGCCGCAGCGCGAACGAGCGAACGCCUUCA